AUGCCAGCACAACGCCAAACCCAAUCCCAGACAGGGGCAGCAAGCCGCCGCAGGUAUCAGCUCCGCUCGAAGGGCCCAGUGGGUCGUGAGAUCUUCCAAGUUUUAGAGGAACGCAAGCCAGCAAAAGUCUCCAAAUCAAAGCCCAAGCCACAACGUUACAGCUUCAAGGUGGGAGUUCGACUACGUCUGGUCUCCAAACAAGCGGCGUUGGGUUUUAUCAGUGGCAGCAGUGCCCCAGAGGCCCCACAAUCCUACCAGCGCAAGUCGCAGAUUGAGAGUGAAGCAGACGCAGGCAGUCAAGGUUGUGGCACCAACUUCGCUGUCGAGCAAUUGAUCUACCAGACCCUCCCGUGCAAGGAGGGCCCAAUCGUUGUCAACGCUGAGGUCGAUGUCCAAGAAGAGGUCCCCUUCGAGGCCAUAGUCGAUGCGAAGUUCAUGCCAUCGGAUGAUGAUCCUGAAUUCCGACGCCGCCUAGCCCAAUGGCAGAUCCCACCUGUAGAGGACCCGGAGCGAUCCCCUGGAAAAAUCAAGCUGUCCGAUUUCUUCAAGGCGGUCCGCAAUGACCUGUACCGCGAUCAAACCGACGCGGACAUGUUCUGGUUUAUGCUG